AUGAGUGAUGGCGACAAAGACGGCGAUUCCCCACGACGACGUGCGCGAAAUCCAUGGAAAUCGACGAGACCGGAUCCGGCGUUUGCAGUGGAGAAUGGAGUGGCCUCUCUGGACCUCCCAGUGGAAGUGUUUGAGGAUUCGGAACCUCUCUGGAAAGCUUUUGCGGUUGGAUACUUCAUCGGUGAAGCGCCUCAUGUAGGCUUGAUUCACGCUACAGUCAAUAGGAUUUGGACUGCUUCAGAUUUCAAGGGGAAGACUGAUGUGCAGUUCAUUGCUAAGGACACUGUUCUGGAUAAAAGCCUACUUCGUUCAAGACAACCCCAUCGUUGGACUCUACCACCUCAAGAAAUCAUCAGAUCAUCAGAAGGUUUGUAUGAUAAUGGAACUUACCUGUACGGUAUACUCAUGUUUUGCACAGGGAACAUGGCUGAAGGUAGGAUGAGUCUAGACUCACUUGGUUGGAAGACCAACAAGCGCCGUGGAGAUCGCUGUUGGAGGGAGAACAUGAUAGCACUGGGGAACAUCAUAAUUGAGAUGAAGCCAGAAUAUUCUGCAAAUCUCUACAACAACCAACCACCAAAGAGCUGCCAUGUGAACGAGAUGGAUAACCGGUGUCCAAAGUGCUAUCACUACAAGCAGGCUCGCAAGUUCAUCCUCUAUAUCCAGUAA